AUGUCGCAAUAUGAUAUGCCUAUUGGACAACCCUUUGAGCUUCCUUGUGGAUUGAAACUAUCGAAUAGGAUUGUCAAAGCUGCUAUGGAAGAAUCACUUGGCACCGUUGAUAAUCAACCUAACGAAUAUAUUUAUCGUCUUUACGAACGUUGGGCAAAAGGCUCAUUUGGUCUUUUGCUGACAGGCAACGUCCAAGUCGAUGAACGUUAUCCUGGUCUUAUGACAGAUUUAAUGGUACCUAGUAAAGAAAAGAUCGAUAUUGAAAAAUGGAAACGAUAUGCCAAUGUUUGUCAAAGUUAUGGUACACCAACUAUCGUACAGAUUAAUCAUGCAGGUCGCCAAUCACCUAUGGGAAAAAGACCUUUUAGACAACCUGCUAUUGCACCUAGUCCGAUUCCAAUGACCAUCGGUGAUAAUAUUCUCGCCAAAAUGUUACAAUCAUUGAUUAUUGGUACCCCUGAAGAAAUGACUCAAAGUCAGAUCGACGAGGCUGUACAAAAAUUCGUUAAUGCAGCUGAAAUAAUGUUCCAAGCUGGUUUUGCUGGUGUCGAAAUUCAUGCUAGUCAUGGUUACUUAAUUAGUAGUUUUUUAUCGCCGAAGACGAAUAAACGAAGAGAUGAAUAUGGAGCAACACCGAAAGAUAGAAUGAGGUUUUUGUUUCAAAUUAUCGAUGGUAUUCGAGCGGUAGUUCCACAAAGUUUUGCUGUUGGUGUUAAACUCAAUUCAGCUGAUUUUAGUACGGGAGGUUUAACUGAAGAUGAAGCACAAGAUCAAAUUCGAUGGAUUGAUGAACAUGGUAGUAUUGACUUUAUUGAAAUCUCCGGGGGAACAUACGAAGCUCCGGUUAUGAUGGGAACUGAAGAUCAAUCUCGAUCAGAACGUACUCGUAGACGAGAAGCUUAUUUUAUUGAAUUUGCAGCUAAGGUUCGUCGUACAACUAGUGUUCCGCUAUUAGUUACCGGUGGAUUUCGUACUCGUCAAGCAAUGAAUGAUGCGAUUCUUUCGAAUGCAUGUGAUCUUGUUGGUAUUGGUCGACCUACAUGUCUACAAUUCAAUCUUCCCGAACGUUUACUCGAUAGAAACAUUCCUGAUGAAGAUGCACGAGCGAUUCGUUAUGAUAUUCGUGGAACUAAAAUCUUUAAUCUAUUACCAAUUGCAGGUGUUGGAUCAGGUAUUGGUACAUUAUGGCAUAAUUGGCAAAUGCAUCGAGUUGCGAUUGAAAAUCGAGAGCCAGAUCCUACGCUUACUGUUCAGGAAAAACUACUUUCGAUUCUUUUCAAAAUGGUGAAGAAAUCGAGUUUUUCGAUUUUUUUACUCUUUGCUGUUGUGCUGUUUGCUAUUUUCAUGAACUAA